AUGGGCUGUGGGACAUCCAAGGGCCGGGUGGUGGACGGGGCCAAGGGUGGCAGGGCCAAGGGUGCUACAGAGGGGAAGCGGGCACUGGUUGUAGGCUCGUAUGCGUCGAGACCGGUCACUGUCGAGGUGCUGUACCUCCCAUCGGCGGCGCAGGGAAGCGACUCGUCGCUGCGCAAGGUCUCGACUCGUAUCAAGCUCAAUCCGUCGACGUAUCAGGUAAUCUGGGACCCACGGGGCACAGAGGUUGUCUUCCUUGACGGAGCCGACAAGGUGUACUUUCCCAUCUCGUCGGUUCUCCGCCGCCAGGGCGUCGUCUAUCCGCUGGUCGAGCCUGUCGUCCUCCCCGGCAGCGAGGAAGCUGCCGCGCUGGUGGCUUGGGGCGAUCCGCUUGAAGAUGAGACUGGCGACGAGGCUUGCGACGGGUGGCGGGCCAUGGGCUACACUGCAUCGCCGGUCCGUCACCUCGCUUCCGUCGCCCAUGCCCGCGGCACGCUCUUUGUAGACGCCUCUUUUCCACCUCCGGACGAUGAUGACGAUGCCGGAGGUUGGGAGCGCCUCGGCGAGCUGGCGCAUGCCUCAGGUGUGAGUACACUUGAUCCCUCCAUCGUCACUCUGGCCAUGUGGGCCUCCAUCGGGCCAUCGCUCGCGUGGUUUAAGGCUACGCUCGCUGCUCGUGCUUGGCUGGCAGGAGAUGGCAACCCGCUGCCGGGCUUGGUAGAGCCGGUCGAUGCGCGCGAAGCAGCGUACGGUGGCGUCACGGGUGUCCGCUACUGGGAUCCGAUCACAGCGUCGCAGCAGGUUAAUGUCACCGACGACAUUGUGCCAACCGCAGCCGACGCCUUUCCGUGGUCGUCCGACAUGCCGCACCCAACCGCGUCGGGUGCCAAUUUUGCCGGCGUGGCCGCCCUGUGGCUUGCGCUCAAGCACUUUGCCAAGGCGUUUGGCUCGUGGGACCUGCUUGCAGGGCCGGACACUCCGUUCUCGCUGGGCCAAUGCCUGGCUAUGGCCAUCGGGCCGGGCGUAGCCACGACGUCGCGGCUCUGGUCAGAUUUGCUGGUGGCCCUGGCGACCGAGGUCACACCUUCAGUGGCAGUUCUUGUCUGCAGCGAGCUGCCUUCCAGUAGCCCUGCUGUUAUUGUGGAUGCGUUCUCUUUUGACAACUCGGACGCCGGCCGCUAUGUCCGGCUCUUUAUUCCCGGGUGCGACACAAACGUGAUUGCGCUCUGGCACCCGAGAUGCUGUACUCGCCGAUGA